AGCUGCCAUACUGGAGUAACUCAAUGGAUAGCAGCAUGCAGUGGAUUAUUACAGACAACUGCAGUCCGAGGCCAGUGUAGACGGAUGCUCCAUGGUAUUUUCCAGAGAUGCAAGGCUGGUCAAUUCCGACUGUCUAAAUCCAGUGAUGGAUUGAUUCAAGCCAAUGGAGCCAUUACGCAGCAAAUCAGAUCGUUUUACAAUACAAAUAAGCAUCUUUCUGCAACAGAUUCCUUGCAGCCAUCUGAAGAGAAAGUGGGUGCUUUCACAAGGAUAAUAGAAGCAAUGGGUUUCACAGGACCACUGAAGUAUAACAGAUGGAAAAUUAAGGUAGCAGCUUUGCGCAUGUACACAUGCUGUGUGGAGAAAACUGACUACGAGGAAUUUUUUAACCGGUGCCAAAUGCCUGAUACUUUGAAUUCAUGGUUUCUAGUAGCCCAGCUUCAUGUCUGGAUGUGUCUGGUACGAAUGAAGCAGGAGGGUCGCACAGGAAAAUACAUGUGUCGCUAUAUAGUUCACUGCAUGUGGGAGGAUAUUGAACAGCGUGGUAAGGUGAUGGGGAUUAAUUCUGUUGUUCUAAAGGAAGAUCUGAGAAGUAUGGCAGAAAAUUUCUACGCAGCUCUAUUUGGAUAUGAUGAGGGAAUCUUGUCUGAUGAUCAUGUUCUAGCAGCAGCUCUUUGGAGAAACCUUUUUAACAGGAACUGUGAGGACCCUCGGCAUCUGGAGUUACUCGUAGAAUAUGUGCGCAAACAGGUGCAGCACCUGGAUGCGCUGAGCGGGGAGGAUCUGCUGCUGACGGGCGAGGUGAGCUGGCGGCCGCUCGUGGAGAGCAACGCCCGCAGUAUCCUCAAGCCCCUUUCCCCUGUUUACAAUGAUGAAGGACUCUGA